UUGUGCUGUAAAUUGUAAGGGCACACAUGCUUCCCAGGCCUCUCUUGUGAGGGCGUUAAUCCCAUCCAGGAGGACUCGUGACUUGAUCCCUUUCUAGAGCCCCCCAUACCAUCUGGAGUUAGGAUUUCGACACGUGAAUCUGGUUCAGACACACAGCACAUGGUUAAUGGGAGGAGCUCGGCAAAACUGGCCUCGACUUAGCUCUUGCAUCGGCCACCAUUGUGACUUUGGACAAGCCAUUUGGCAUUUCUGGAUGCAUUAACUGCCUCUCUGCAUUGCAGAACUGCUGACGGACCUACAUGAGAGCAUUCUGGGAAAUUAUCACGUGCUAUGUAAUGUGGUUACUGAAAAAUUAGAACUAACAGAAGGCUGAAGUGAUUUUGUUUUGCUUGUACUGUUUAAAGGAUAAUGUAUACUCGCCACCAUUUUUUUUUUUUUUGGUACCAGUUGUCAAACUCGGGACCUUGUGCGACUCGCCACCAUUUAAAACUACUUACACAAUUGCUGUGUUCUCAUCUCUUGUCUGUGUAUCAUCAUCUCAUCAUAAGGAAAUAUCAAUUAUGUGCGCCUCUUCGUGAAGGAAAGUACCUAUAACCACUGGUAUAGUGGUGUAUAUAUUAAUUAUAUGACCCUUUUACAGUUAAAGGGGGGAAAGGGCAACUGUGAUCUUUAUAUGCUUACUGGUCACUGCUGCUUUGAUAAUGAAUGAUGCAAGCACAAAGCUAAAUUUCUCGCUCCCAUCCCCUUUCAGCUGCAGUUGGCAGCGUUGCCAUUUCUUUUCUCCGUAUUCUCUUCAUCCCAGGACCCAGGCUGAAGGGCAGCCUGCUCUGAGACGUGCCACACUCCUGGCUGAAGGAAGAGCCAGGGCAGAUCCUAGGAUACCGCUUUAAGGCUUUUAGUUGGAGCCUGUGUUGCCUCUGCUCACAUUUCAUUGGCCAGAGCAAGUCACAUGGGCAAGGAGGGGGUGGAGCAUGACAGCACCCUCCCCUCUACAGCGUGUUCCUGAGGAUGGAAGCGGUGUUUCUUUGCCCGACUCCUUGCCGCUGAGAGUCAUGAGCCUGCAUAGCCAGAGGAAGAGCCUGUAUUUAAUGAUGACGAACCUGUCACCGGUAUAGCAACAGCAGAGGGCCAAAGCGAGUACAAGGAAGCCCUGUUUACACUUAGAUUCCACAAAGAAGGCGUUGCAGUCGACAGCUUGCUCUGCGUUGCUUUUCUACGAUGAACCGCUACACAACCAUGCGGCAGCUGGGGGACGGCACCUAUGGGAGCGUGCUCAUGGGCAAGAGUAACGAGUCGGGGGAGCUGGUGGCCAUCAAGAGGAUGAAGAGAAAGUUCUAUUCUUGGGAUGAAUGUAUGAACUUGAGAGAAGUUAAGUCUCUGAAGAAACUUAAUCAUGUCAACGUGAUUAAACUGAAAGAAGUUAUCAGAGAAAAUAACCAUCUUUAUUUUAUAUUUGAAUAUAUGAAAGAAAAUCUCUAUCAGUUAAUGAAAGACAGAAACAAACUGUUCCCGGAGUCAGUCAUCAGAAACAUUAUGUACCAAAUACUGCAAGGGCUGGCAUUCAUCCAUAAACAUGGCUUUUUUCACAGGGACAUGAAACCAGAAAACUUGCUUUGCAUGGGUCCAGAACUUGUGAAAAUUGCAGAUUUUGGACUUGCCAGAGAAUUAAGGUCACAGCCACCAUAUACUGAUUACGUAUCCACGAGGUGGUAUCGUGCUCCUGAAGUUUUAUUAAGAUCUUCAGUAUAUAGUUCUCCCAUCGAUGUGUGGGCCGUGGGAAGUAUAAUGGCGGAACUCUAUACAUUAAGACCGCUUUUCCCGGGGACAAGUGAGGUGGAUGAAAUCUUUAAAAUCUGCCAAGUUUUAGGGACUCCCAAGAAAAGUGACUGGCCCGAAGGAUACCAGCUUGCGUCCUCCAUGAACUUCCGAUUUCCCCAAUGCGUUCCUAUCAACUUAAAAACUCUUAUUCCCAACGCCAGUAAUGAAGCCAUUCAUCUGAUGACCGAAAUGUUGAAUUGGGAUCCAAAGAAGCGACCAACAGCAAGGCAGGCACUGAAACACCCAUACUUCCAAGUGGGCCAGGUGUUAGGCCCUUCCUCGAAUCAUCUGGAAUCCACACAGACUUUCAAUAAGCAGCUGCAGCCCCUGGAAUCGAAGCCGCCUUCCGCUGAACUAGAGCCUAAGACUCUGCCAGAUGUCACGGCCCAGACUGUCGGGGCGGCCCGGCCCACUCACGUCCCCCAGCCUCUGCAGGUCAUCCAGCUGCCACAGAGCGCGGGGAGCCUGCAGCCCCCAAAGCAACAGAGCCAGCUGCAGCCGCCCCAGACGCUGUUCCCAAGCCUCCUCAGAAACGCGCCGGCUCCGAUCGGCACAUUGGGCCAUAAAACCGCGAGGAGGCGCUGGGGCCAGGCUGUCUUCAAGUCUGGAGAUGUCUGGGAAGAGUUUGAGGAUGGUGACUUCGGAGCCUCCCAUUCCAAGAAGCCAAGCAUUGGUGUUUUCAAAGAAAAGAAGAAAAAAGAUUCUCCGUUUCAGCUUCCAGAGUCGGGACUCCUAGGUGCCAGCCACCCGGGCAGGGAAAACAAGAGCGUGCCUGCUGCUGUCUCUCUCAAGUCUGACUCCGAACCGUCAGCUGUGCCCGCAUCUAAGCAGUACUACUUGAAACAGUCAAGAUACCUUCCAGGUGUAAAUCCCAAGCAUGUGUCCCUCAGAGCCAACGGAAAGGACAUAAACUCAUAUGCUUGGAAUAAUCAGCUGUUUCCUAAGUCACUGGGACCCACAGGAGCAGAACUUGCUUUCAAGAGGAAUAACGCAGAAGAAAGCAUAAUAAAACCAAUUGAAAAACUAUCAUGCAAUGAAAGUUUCCCCGAAAUAUUAAAGGACCCACAAGGAAAUCUUGGAAGUUACACUGCUUACAAUCAGUCGGGAUAUAUCCCUUCCAUUCUCAAAAAACAAGUUGGGUCAGCUGGCCAGAUGAUCCACUUAGCGCCUCUUGGUGCAACGGCUUCAGAGUACAUCUGGAGCACAAAGCCUGGUCGGGGACAGUUUUUGGGGCCCGCGUACAGCCCGACCACAAAACACCUCCCCAUGGUGAGGGGCGCCCAGCCGGUGCCCUCGGUGCAUGGGAGGACCGACUGGGCAGCCAAGUACGGAGGGCACCGGUAGGGCCAGGCCUGCAGAGGGAGCUGGGCCUCUGGCCCCGGCCCCGGCCGUGGCCAUGUCCGUGUCCGUGUCCACCGAGUUCCUGAAGGGACCCGCAGAGGUGGGCAGCUCCGAGCACGGAGCGCCUCCUGUUUUCUUUCUUUCCUCGAAGCAAAAGGCAUUUUCACAGCACUGUGGCCCGCAGUGCUGAUACAUGGGUAGGACUUUACAAAGUAUUGAAUAAACUAUUUGCCAAAGUAUCGAGUAUCGGAUCGACGAGUUAAUAGACAGUAGGAACAAUAAGAAGAAAGUGAGCGUGGAGAGCGUUUGGUUUCCACUCCUCCCGCCCUGCCCUAGGCUGUUAAUGUUUCCUCCUGUGCAGUGACUGGCCGCCGGCUGUCUUCUGUCUGUUUCCAUAGCCGCAGAGGCCGCUGUGGGCUGCAGCUCCGCUCCCCGACUCGGCACUGCCAGAGAGACUGUCGCUGACAUUCGUUUUUCUACUUUAAAACUAUAGCAUCAGUGGCAACUCCGGUCUGGAGAAGAUCAUCUUUCUUGGAAAUAAAUUUAUUUGUAACAUAGACAGGAACAAAAUGACACCACCACAUUUUAGGCGGCUGUGAAUCCGCGGUGACUGUCAAACCAGUGGCUGAACGGCUGCCUGCUGAGCAGUCCCGCGGGUAGCGAAGUUCUGGAGCCUGAGUUGGACGCUGGCUCACCGCACUCUGAAAAUACUUUGUAUCCGCGUUCCCGCCACUCACCAAGUGAUAAAGUCCACGUGUGCCAGCUGCACCCCAAAGCAAACCCUGCCGCUGGGGGCUCCGACCUUCACUUCUGCUCCCGGGGCACAGGCCCUGGGCUGCCAUAGCAGUGGGUUUUAAAAAUUUUUAGUACACCUUGUUUCUUAGUUUGACUCCUACAUUAGUAUUUAAAAUAGAGAUUUGGGACAAAGGACUAUUCUAUCUUUAUGGACUGGGCCUUAUUUAAUACUGUAUGGUCUUUUAAAAGAAUAGUAAUGUUAACUGUGAUACUUUUAUGCAUUUUAUGACUUAGAAACAAAUGCUAACGUGAUCGAUAUCAUCUUAUGGCUGUUAUCCACAGGCACACCGUAAAAUAAUUCUACGACAUUUCCUGUGCACGGCAGAUUCAGCUGUUCAGAGGUCACAUGUUGAAAAUCUAAAGAGUAAUUUAUCCUCACAGGUACAGGUUACAAGUAUUUGUACAGUUUUAAUGUCUCAAAGCUUCUAUUUCUUUUGUUUCUGAGGAAAAACUGUGAAUAUUUAAAUAAAUAUGGCUAACUAA